GACCACUCCGAGUACGUCCACCGUGUCGGCCGCACGGCGCGGCUCGGCCAGCAGGGCCGCGCCCUCCUCUUCCUCCAGCCGAGCGAGCGGGGCUACCUUGAGCUGCUGCAGGGCGCCGGCGUCUCGCUCGACGAGCUCAAGUUCGCGUCGGUCCAGCAGGCGCUGUGCGGCCGCAACGCCACGUCGCGCGACGUCUACAUGACGGAGCUCGCCCUCCAGAAGCAGCUCGAGGCGACCGUGGCCACGGAGCCGCUGCUGCACGGCCUCGCGGCCGGCGCGUACCAGUCCUUCCUGCGCGCCUACUCUGCGCACUCCAAGGCGGAGAAGAGGGUGCUGCACGUCUCGCAGCUCCACCUCGGCCACCUCGCAAAGUCUUUUGCGCUGCAAGAGACGCCCUCGCUCAUCUCGAGGCAGCAGGCCAAGCGGCGGCAGGUGGCGCCAAGCGCCGCUGCCAAGCGGCGCAAGCCGUCGCACCUGCAUCAGCUCGCAGCGUACAGCGGUGGUGGCAAGGCCAAGGGGGGCGGAGGCAAGCAGGGUAGCGGAGCGGGCGGAGCGCAGCGCGCCCUGAAGGAGCAGCGGAGCACGGCUGACGGCGCGGCGCAGAGAAGGCGGGAGGCUCACAAUGCAGUCUCAGAGUUUAGCGCCGCACUGGACUGA